UAAACACACGCCUGAGUUUUCGCGGGAAAGUUGUCACUUCAGAAUGGAUCCGGCGGAGGUUGAGUUUCUCGCGGAGAAAGAAAUGGUGAAAAUCAUUCCAAACUUCAGUCUCGACAAAAUCUAUUUAAUCGGGGGUGAUCUGGGUCCAUUUAAUCCGGGUCUGCCAGUAGACGUUCCUGUAUGGUUGGCGCUCAAUCUCAAACAGAGGCAGAAGUGCAGGAUAGUUCCUCCGGAAUGGAUGGACACUGACAAACUGGAGGAGAUUCGAGAGCAGGAGAGAAAACUGGAUACUUUUACUCCCAUUCUGAGUCCAUAUUACAUGGAGCUGACGAAAUUAUUACUUAAUCACGCUGCAGAUAACAUUCCUAAAGCUGAUGAGAUUCGUACACUGGUGAAGGACAUCUGGGAUACACGCAUUGCUAAACUCAGACUUUCUGCAGACAGUUUCAUCAGCCAGCAGGAGGCGCAUGCUCGGCUGGAUAACCUCACACUGAUGGAGAUCAACACUACACGCUCAUUUCUACUGGAUUCUCUGAACUGCAUGUUUAAACUGCGCUCAAACCUGCAGCCAGGCAGAAGUCACGACUACUGAGAUGCUCACAAAUGCCGUACUUGCUCUUACAAGACUUAUGUCAUUUUCAGCCUCAUAUAGUUAUGUGUUGCGCAAUAAACAGCAACUCACAACUGGGCUCAAGUUUGCAUUCAUGUUCUGUAGAUAUGGAAUUUGAGCUUUUGAUGAUGUUGUAUUGGUUUAGUUGCUGUAUUCCUCACAUUUUUGUCAUUCAUAAAACUGUUCAGAUAAAUAACUGAGUAUAUGUUGUGUGAUUAAACACAUUUAUAAAAAAACUUCAAGCCCAGUCAGGAGCCAUUUUUUCACAGUGUAUGUUUGACAAUAAAAUUGUUUGUUGAUAUUUGUAUUUGGAUUAUCUUUUUGUUUUAUUUUUUGUAGAUGGUUUGGCAUCAUUAACCAUCCAUGUUUACUGAUGAUUUUUCAAAGAUCAAGAUGAUAUCUUUUCAUGCCCUCUGUGUGUAAAUAAGUGACUAACACCGCACUGUCACUGUAACAGACAAGCAUACAAUCUUAAUGAAGGAUUGUAUAUAAUAAAGAAAGUGUUUAUACUACUAAAGCAUACAUUUAAAACUAUUCCUGUUUAAAUGUGCUGGGAC